AUGCAUAUGCCUGCUAACAAUCAAUCCCUGAUGUCGCUGCUGGUGGGCAGCAGCUCAAACAGCAGCAAGAAAUGCGUGGUGAUUGGCAGUGGUGGAAUCCUCAACCAGCACCGACUGGGUCCCGAAAUUGACACAUUCUACGACGUGGUUAUCCGCAUCAACGCAGCUCCGGUGGAAGGAUUCGAAGACCGAGUCGGAAGUAAAACUCACGUUCGCAUCCUGUCCCGGAAAAACUUCCUGCUGGUGCCAGAGCCUCGAACAGAGUUUUUCAAGGACAGUCUAAUGGUGUUUGUACUCAUGGUGCCAAGCAGGGAUGAACCCUGGCUGCAAAAGGAGAUUCUCGACAAGAAUGGCAUGCUUUCCAGACUGAAGGAAAAUGUGCGCAUAAUGAAUCCAAAAAUUGUGAUGGAAGCAUGGAAGUGGCUGAAAUACGAUUUCAAGCCAUCCACAGGCCUGAUGGCAAUCAAUUAUGCACUACAUACUUGCGGCCUAGUGGACAUUGCUGGCUUUUCCUACCAAUGCCACCAUUCUGCACAGCUUCACUAUUAUGAAACUUCAACUAGAACCUGGGACUGGACAGGAUGGGGCACCAUAUUGUCCUUCCAUAGCUAUGAAGCUGAAGGACAUCUGGUGAAGAGCAUGGUCAAGGCUGGCAUCAUUGGAGACAUCACUGGUGCAACCAGAGGACUCAUUGACUUGAUGAGAACUUCAACCAGGGAAUCAAUUGCCCUCGAAGGAUUCGACGACACGAUCUUCGUCCGACAAGUCGGACAAACUCCCUUGUCCGCACGGGUGACGCCGGAGACUUGA